AAACGAAUCACUGUUACGACGAAAAUUGUUAAAAAGAUAAAUAAAGAGCUGAGAAUCCAAUAUAUAAUACCCUUCAGCACGUCCUCUUGUCUCGCUCAUUAAUCUCUUUCUUAAUCUUUUUUUCUUUCUCUUUCUCUCUUUUUCAUCUUUUGUAUCCAUGGAGCUCGAAGUUUCCUGGUUCUUGCAGUUUCUUUACGCUUUCUUUUCCCUUCUUUUAUCAUCUUUCAUCGUCUUGUCCCUGUUUUCACUCUUAGUCCAUCAGUUGAUGAGACUGAAGCUCUGGUGCAACUGCGAAAUCUGCCAUACUUAUCUCACGUCCAGUUGGUCCAAUCAAUUCGAUAACCUUUGCGAUUGGUAUGCUCACCUCCUUAGAAACUCACCAGGAAAAACCAUCCACAUACACGUUCUGGGAAACACCAUCACAGCUAACCCAGACAACGUCGAAUACAUGCUCAAAACGAGAUUUGAGAAUUUUCCGAAAGGGAAACCUUUCUCUGCGAUCUUAGGAGAUUUUCUCGGUCAAGGUAUUUUCAACGUGGACGGAGAGCUGUGGAAAUUUCAGAGGAAGAUGGCGAGCCUAGAGCUCGAUAGGUAUUCCAUAAGAUCAUUUGCGUUCGAGAUAGUGAAUUACGAGAUUGAAAGCAGGCUGAUCCCGCUUUUAUCUUCGGUUUCAGGGAAAAAAGACGGAGUUUUGGAUUUCCAAGACGUGUUUAGAAGGUUCUCGUUCGACAGCAUAUGCAGAUUCUCUUUCGGUUUGGACCCGAGGUGCUUAGAGAUUUCUCUUCCGCUGUCGGAAUUCGCCAAGUCGUUCGACUUGGCGUCGAAACUGUCGGCGGAGAGAGCCAUGACGGCUUCGCCGUUGGUUUGGAAGAUCAAGAGGAUGUUGAAUUUGGGGAGCGAGAAGCAACUGAAAGAAGCCAUCGACGUCAUCAACGCAUUGGCCAAGGAAGUCAUAAGGCAGAAAAAGACCAAAAUGGGAAUUUCAUCUCAUUACAAUGACCUUUUGUCCCGGUUCAUGCGGACCGUGAACGACGAUAAAUAUUUGAGAGAUAUCAUUAUAAGCUUUCUCUUAGCCGGGCGUGACACCGUGGCAUCCAGCUUGACCAGCUUCUUUUGGCUGAUUGCCAACCAUCCGGAGGUUGAGUUGGCAAUUCGGGUCGAAGCCGACCGGGUCAUCGGACCCGAUCGGAGGCUCACGAGCUUUGAGCAAAUGACAGAGCUUCAUUAUUUACAAGCCGCAAUUUAUGAAAGUAUGAGACUCUACCCUCCUAUACAGUUCGAUUCUAAGUUCUGUUUGGAAGACGAUGUUUUACCGGAUGGGAGUUUUGUUAAAAGAGGGACUAGGGUUACUUACCAUCCGUAUGCGAUGGGUCGGAUCGAGGAAAUUUGGGGAUCCGACUGUUUGGAAUUCAAGCCGGAAAGGUGGUUCAGGAACGGUGUGUUUGUGGCUGAGAAUCCAUUCAAGUACCCGGUUUUUCAAGCCGGGCUUAGGGUGUGUUUGGGAAAAGAAAUGGCUAUGGUGGAGCUGAAAAGUGUUGCUCUUUCACUGCUGAGACGUUUCCACAUCCAGCUAGUGACUCCACGUCACACGCCGCGUUUCUCUCCUGGACUCACUGCCACUUUCCGUGGUGGGCUUCCGGUUUUGGUGAGAGAAAGGGAAAGUCCAUCAUCAUUGUAAUUGAUUUUGCACUCUCUCUCUCUCUCUCUCUCUCUGUGUAGCUUAUUCGGUCAUAUAUUCUGGUGUAUAUGGCAUCAUGGGACAUAGCUGUGGACUACCAAUGAAAUUGCAGGGGUUGGAGUGCAGUGGGUGGUUUCCAAGGAAAGUGACAUGGCCUACAUUUUUUGCUUGCCAUGAAUUUGUACCAUAUAUACAUUAACCAAUGUCUCGUUGGCGUCGGUAGGGAAUGGACCUUUUAUCUUGGUGUACAAAAAUUGAUGGUCAUGUGGCUGGUUUCCUUUGAAUACUGUUCAAUUGGAUAUUUCUUUUCCAAGAUAUAUAUAUAUAUAUAUAUAUAUAAAGCUCCUGCCAAGAAUUAAGGGCUUGCACUUGAUAGAUGGAAAAUUUGUAGGAAGAUGCAGUUAUGUGAUGAUUAAUAUGUAUAUGUAUAGAUUGGCUGUACUUAAUUAUAUGUAUGUGAUUCGAUUGUAUUGAUUAAAGGUAUUUUUACUUAAUUUCUGCAUUUUCUUUGUUAUUAAUGAAACCCUAGCUACAAAGUUUUGCUCAGCAAAAU